AGGGUGGACAGAAACUCAUAUCUAAGACACAGCGCAGGUGUAGUUGCUGUUUUCAGUUGCCUACACCACGAAUCAAGUAAUUUAAGUAUUUAACAACAUUUAGAUAUUCGGGCAAAGGUAACUUUUUCACUGACGGCUAUUUCCCGACCUUCAAUCAAGUCAACUGAUAUCGCUAUCUGUUCUUAAACGCCGUUGAUUCAUCUGGACCGCUAUAACUUGCUUCCUGAGAUUACAGUAAAAUCGACUGUUGACUUUCUGAAGCUCCAAUUCUUUUUUGGAAUGGCUACUGGGUAGGCCUACAAGUGCAAGCCUAAUAAGCACCUAAUCUUGGGAUUCAAACUCAAUUGAAAACUGACUUGAGGAUUUACCUGAGGAAGUCUGGAGGCUUUCUGGAUUCAGGGUUGGUAAAAACCUUUCUAGAAACGCAACGAUGCCCGAUGUACAUUUCCGCUUUGUCUUCGUAGUCCUACUGGUGUCAUGGGUGUCAAGCCGGACGCUGGACGAAUGUAUGGAAUCCAAUCCGGUUGCAAUGAUGAACGUUGUGCUCCUUGAGGAUGAAGGCUCUGACUGGAGUUUAACAUUCGUUGAGGGCGCAGUUAUUGAAGCUAUUGAACAGGACAAGAAGCUGAACGAGGCCGAAAGUCUGAAUUUAACCCUGACAGCCAACUACCGAGGCUUCAACACGACCCUGUACAGACGAAGAGGUUGUGGAAGCAGCACCUGUGAGGGAGUGGAGAUACUGAAGUCCCUUCAUAGGAGCGGUAGUGUGGGAUGUGCAAUGCUGGGCCCUUCCUGCACAUAUGCCACGUUUCAGAUGGUGGAUGAGACGAUUGGUCUGACACUGAGCAUCCCGGUCAUCUCUGCUGGGAGCUUCGGUUUGUCAUGUGACAACAAAGCAAACCUGACCCGCCUCCUCCCACCAGCACGCAAGAUAUCCACGUUUUUUGUUAAGUUCUGGGAAUUUCAGAGCCCCUUAAAGAGCGACUGGCAGAUGGCAUACGUCUACAAGAAACCAGAUCCCACUGAAGAUUGCUUCUGGUAUAUCAAUGCUUUAGAAGCCUCUUCAGCAGAGUUCGCUGUGUCACUAGACCGAAUAAUGCUGCGCAGCAAAGAUGAUCUACAGAAAGCCCUCUUGAAUGAAAAUAGACAUAGUAACAUCUUCAUUCUGUGUGGAACCCCAGAUGACAUCAAAGACAUAAAGAACAACACAAAGAUUAACCCGGACAUCCUCUUCAUGCUCAUUGACAUCUAUGAUCACAGGUACCACACUAACACAACAGCUAGCCCGGGCAUGGAGAACGUCCUGGUGCUCACCUUGCCUGAGAGGAACUACAGCCAAAGCUCUCGGUGGAGAGUCCCCAAUGACACGGUCACAGAAAUAAAUGACUAUGUGACAGGUUACCAUGAUGGUGUGUUGCUGUUUGGUCAUGUGGUCAGAGAGAGGAUGCUUGCUAAGAUGGCAAAAAAAGAAGCAGGAUUAUUUGGACGCCCCAUUCCCAAACCACAGAACCCCUUCAGGAAUCUCUCCUUUGAAGGUAUGGGCGGACUGUACGUGCUGGAUGAGAACGGUGACAGAGACGUGAACUUCUCUGUAAUUUACACCACUACCAACAACGAGUACAAAACACUUUUUGUGUUUGACACGUCAACAAAUGAGACCAGAGUGGAAGACCACUACCCCUCUCUGUCCUGGCCCGGGUCACGCCUGCCUGACGACAAGCCUGUCCGGCCAAAUGAUAAUGACUUGCAGUUUCAGGAUAUCAUAGUGAUCGUGUUGAGUGUCAGUGUGGUAGUGGUGACAGCCAUCGCCUUUCUCUUCUACAGGCAGAACAGGAAGGAACGUCAGAACCAGAAGAAGUGGUCCCACAUUAACCCAGAGCUGCUGGGGCCGCUGGACGGGAGGGAGGUGUCUCUGAAGAUUGAUGAAGAUAACAGGAAGGACAGCAUCUACCAGAUCCAACGGGCUCUCUAUGACAAAAAGCCUGUGAUCCUGAAAGAGCUCAAACACACGGACGGCAGCUUCAGCGAGAACCAGAGGAUCGAGCUCAACACUCUACUGCGUAUCGACUACUACAACCUGACUAAGUUCUACGGGACGGUUAAGUUUGAGUUUGGCGUGUUCGGAGUGUUCGAGCUCUGCGAGAGGGGCUCCCUCAGGCAUGUUCUCAACGAUAAGAUCUCCUAUCCUGAGGAGACCUUUAUGGAUAUGGAGUUCAAGAUAUCAGUCAUGUAUGACAUAGCCAAGGGAAUGUCCUAUCUUCACACCAGCAACAUUGUGGUCCACGGACGGCUGAAGUCCACCAACUGUGUGGUAGACAAUCGCAUGGUGGUCAAGAUUACUGACUUUGGCUGCAACACCAUCCUCUCUCCAGGCAAAGACCUGUGGACAGCCCCGGAGCACCUCCGCAUACCGGGCACCUCCCAGAAAGGAGACGUCUACAGCUUCGCCAUCAUCGCCCAUGAGAUCGUCCUGAGAAAAGACCCCUUUUACACAAAAGCCUGCUCCGACCUCGCAGAGAAGCUGUUCAGGGUUCAGUAUCCCAACGGGCCUCUGCUCUUCAGACCUGACAUCAGCUUUGAGGCAGCGACUGAGAACGAGACUGAGCUGUACAUGCUAAUAAGGUCUUGUUGGGAAGAGGACCCGGAGAAGAGGCCAGACUUCAAGAAGCUAGAAGUGUCUCUGGGCAAGAUCUUCAGCAACCUGCACCAGCAGGCCAACGAGACUUACAUGGACAACCUGAUCAGACGUCUGCAGAUGUACUCCAAGAACCUGGAGCACCUGGUGGAGGAGAGGACUUCCCUGUACAAGGCUGAGAGGGACAGGGCUGACCGCCUCAACUUCAUGCUGCUGCCUGGGCCGGUGGUGCGCUCCUUGAAGGAGACAGGCUGUGUGGAGCCCGAGCUGUUUGAGGAGGUGACGGUGUACUUCAGCGACAUCGUGGGCUUCACCACGCUGUGCCACUACAGCACCCCCAUGGAGGUGGUGGACAUGCUCAACGACAUCUACAGGAACUUCGACAGCAUCUUGGACCACCACGACGUCUACAAGGUGGAGACAAUAGGCGAUGCAUACAUGGUGGCGUCGGGGUUGCCGAGGCGGAACGGUAACAGGCAUGCGGUGGACAUCGCCCACAUGGCCCUGGACAUCCUGGCCUUCGUAGGGACCUUCCAGCUGCAGCACCUCCCAGGCCUGCCCCUCUGGAUCCGCAUAGGGGUGCACUCAGGUCCGUGUGCAGCAGGGGUGGUGGGGAACAAGAUGCCUCGCUACUGCCUGUUUGGAGAUACAGUCAACACUGCCUCACGCCUGGAGUCUACAGGCCUGCCUUUAAGAAUCCAUGUCAGCCAGUCCACCAUCAACAUCCUUCAGAGAACAGACUGCCAGUUCCAGUACGAGCAGAGAGGAGAGACCUACCUUAAGGGUAAAGGCAAAGAGAUGACAUACUGGUUGACAGGAGUGACGGGUACAGAGCACAACCUACCCAUGCCCCCGACGGCGGAGAACUUCCAGCGGCUGCAGCAGGACCUAGCGGAGAUGAUCGUGUCCAGCCUGGAGAAGCGGGGCCCAGGGCCCGAGGGCCCGGAGAAGAGGAAGACCCUGUCCACCAGGAUCCGCCGCAGGGACACCGCCAGCAGCCAGGGGGAUGGCCUGCCUGAGUACUUUCACCUGGCCAUCACAGAUGACCCCAGCACCUACCUGUAACCCAGCACUAACCUAGAAUCCCAGGACCUACCUGUAACCCAGCACUAACCUAGAAUCCCAGGACCUACCUGUAACCCAGUAUUUACAAAAAACUCAGCACCUACUUAUAAUCCCAGCACCUACCUAUAAUCCCAGCACCAACCUGUAACCUUGCACUUACCUAUAACCCACACCUACCUAUGAUCCCAGCACCUACCUAUAGACUGCACAGUGAUGGGGACAGUGCACCGUUGUUAGAGUUUGAUGGAAGUUGCAAGAUUGUCUGAGAUACAUCUAAAUCACAUUACCAAAAGAAUCGUGUAGUGUUUAGACAAUAUAGAUGCCAAUAUGUCCCUAAAAUGAGGAAUGAAUGUUUCAUAUAUGACCAGGCCUGGACUGGUAAUCUGGCAUACCGGGAAAAUGCCCAGGGGGCUGACGCACUUGGGGCCGAUAUGAUAUUUAAUAUAUAAAUCUUUAUAUAUUAUUAUUUUUUUUUUUAUCAACUUAGAAUUGGCCAACGCCCGGCCCAUAAAGCAGGGACAGCGGCCCAUUGGUUCAUUUUACAUACUGACACUGGGCUGGCCCAAUCACAUCUCUUAACUCUUUUGAUGUACUGGUGGGUGGUGCCCGACCGAUUGUGGUGGGCCGGUCUGAGCAAAAAUGCCAGGGACAUUGUUUUGUCCCAGUCCAGCCCUGUAUAUGACUGAUUGUAGCACUUAGGUAUAAUAGUGACUUUAUAUGCUUCAAAAUGCUUAAUGAACGCUUUUUUUGGACAAAAAGAUGUUUCCAAUUUGUAACGAGUCCAUGUGGUGAACAAUGAACUUUAUACUGAUACCUUCAUUCUCCUGCCUCCAUUGUAAUCUUAAAAACUGAAUGUGGUCCUGUGUGUGUACUGAAUCGAAAACAUCUCAUAUCCUCUUCUGUAUGACACGCCCACAGCCGUACCCGUGUCUAUGUUGGCCUUCCCUAGUGUGUCCCUGUGUUCUGUGUGCAUCAGGUUCGCCUGUGUCCUGUUGGAUGUCUGUCAAUGGUCUCGUUAGUGUUGUUGCGUUCACCUGUGUCUUGUUUGGUUCUGUAUUUAAGUCCCUGUUAUUUGUUCAGUCUUUGUAGUGUGUUUCGUGUAGCCUGUGUCUCGUACUUGUUCAUCCCUCCUGUCUCCACCUUUAUUAGUAAACCUUUGUUGUUUCGUGA